AUGUCACGGAAUAGCGUUGUAAGGAAAGUAUUGGAUAUAUCGCAGGUGCCUGAUUUUUCGCGGUAUUCUGCAACGAGGUCCAUCAAUGAGCUUGCACCCUACAUUUCCAGCACUUUAAGCGCAUAUCCCACAGAAUCAAAAUAUAUCAACCAGUACCAUUACUACCAUAAUGAUAAUGUCUUGGUUAAGAAGUAUUUGCAGAAGAAACCACAUCCAAUGUCGUUGAAACAGUUGGCGCAGUAUUACGAUGACUCAAGUAAGUUAACGAAGAUGAAAAUUAUUUCUUCUGGGAAAUUUGUGAAAGAGGAGCUAUGUGUUCGUAUCGCACAUAAAUUAGACCUAUUGCAAAACUUGCCUUUCGAUGUAGUGAAUAAUUUCCAUUUCAAUCAGGUGUAUGAAUCAUAUUAUAACAUCUUUGAAAGGUUCAGAAAGUUCCCGGAGAUCAAGGACGAGAAGGACAAUUUGAAGUUUUGUCAGUUUCUACAUGCGAUUUUAUCAGAUUUCAACUCUUUGAACUUGCCUCAUUUGAUUAUGGGUGCUUUGGAAUGUAGAAUCCUGGAUUUGUACCCUCAGGAUAAAAUGGAUGCAUUGAUUUCGGAUUUAUUGAGAGCCCGGAUUAGUAGAAGGUUGAUCGUAGAAGAACAUUUGAGUAUCACAUCCAAUUAUUUAAGUGGAAAGAAGGAAAACACACUUGUUUUGGGAGAUAUUUUCCAAAAAUGUAACGCCAAGGAGUACUUGAACGGUGCGAGGGAAGUAUGUGAGGCAUACAUCAAUAAUAUGUAUUUUGCGGGCAUCAAGAUGCCCGAAUUGAUUAUCAACGGGGACACUGAACUAGAAUUCUAUUUCCUACCAUCGCAUCUAAAGUUCCUAUUGGGAGAAAUCUUAAGAAACAGCUACGAAGUGACUGUCAAGGAGACCAUACGAUUGGGACUAGAAAAGGCACCUCCGGUGACAGUAACUAUAAUAUCGAAUGACCAAAGUUAUCUUUUCAGAAUCAGUGAUAGAGGUGGUGGAGUGCCACAUUCUGAUAAGCAGAUAUGGUCCUUUGGUAAAUCAAAAGAGCUAGCCAAGCAAUCCCUAGACAACUUCCAUCACUUGCCUGGAUUGCAGACUUUGUCGUUAUAUGAUUCUUCUAACGGUGCUCAUCUAAAAUCAGAUCGUUACAGACAAACAUCGCUAGAUCGGAUGUCAGAAAACAAUUUGACGAAAGGUAAAUUUAAAGUUGGACAACCGCUAAUGGAGCUUCUCAAACGAUCUCCCAGAUAUAAACUUGGAAUUGGUCUCGCACUAUGCAAAGUAUAUGCCGAAUAUUGGAACGGUGAUUUGACCGUACAUUCUAUUCAAGGUUACGGUACCGAUACCGUUCUCAAACUAGGAAAUUUGAUGAGGCAUACGGACAAAUUGCAAUUGGAUAGAGUUUAG